AUGCAGCCCAUUCUUAGAGUGCCCGUUGCUAUAUUUUCGUUACUAUUGGAAGUAUUCUUGUUUUGGUAUAGAAAACUUUGGGGGCGGUGGACGACAAAGGGUGUUGUAGACGAAUGGCUCGAUGCGCUACGCAAUGCCGAGGUAUACGAGGAUUGGGAACAUGCCGCGUUGCAGUUGGAUAACUACAAGGAACUAAAUCUCUGGCGUAACAAUCCUGCAUCUCAUCAUUACGAUUGGAUGCUCAUAAACCACCGUCUCAAUUCCAUCAUCGAAGCACGCGACAAGAAUGACUUACAAACUCUCCUUGAUCUUGUGCGUUCCGGUCUGGUUCGCAACCUCGGGAACAUCACUUCUCCGAAGUUGUACAACCGGGCGUUCGGCGGAACCAAAUAUCUGAUCGAAGAGUACAUCGCGCAGGUGGCUGGCGCCAUCAGCGACAUCAACCACCGUGUUGCGACGCCACUCCACGACAAGUAUACACAUACAUACACCCUCUCGACCCAACGUAAGCUCGACUUCCUACAUGACUCCCGACAGGCUUUUGGACGAAGCACUUUGGUGCUACAGGGCGGCGCCAUGUUUGGAAUGUGCCAUCUCGGAGUCGUGAAAGCGCUAUUCUUACGGGGUCUGCUACCGCGAAUAAUCACGGGCACAGCAACCGGCGCGCUCAUCGCGAGUCUGGUAGCCAUCCAUACUGAGGAGGAGCUACCUCGCGUAUUGAGAGGUGACGGUAUCAACCUCUCCGCUUUCAAGGAACAUAAGCAGCAAGUACAUAGCGACCAUCAGAAUUUGGCACCCUUCGUUGGAGCCAGCUGGGACACGUUGUUACGUAGGAUCCUCAGGUUCUGGCGCGAAGGUCACUUCCUCGACGUAAAGGUUUUGGAAGAUUGUGUCAAGGCCAACGUGGGCGACCUGACUUUUGAGGAGGCAUAUCACAAGAGUAAGCGUGUGCUGAACAUCACGGUGGCGACAGCGGAACAGGACGGAAUUCCCGCACUGCUGAAUUACAUCACCGCCCCCAAUGUGGUACGUAAAUCCUCCCGAGACCAAACCCAAACCCCCACGCCCUCGCCGAAGCCUAGACCCUCGGCGCUAAGCCUGAUCUGGACCGCCGCCGUUGCAUCGAACGCAUCUACAUCCUCAUUCUACGGCACCAGACGCACCACGAUCUUAUGCAAGGACGUAAGCGGCGCGAUCGUCCCCUGGGCACCGCCGGCUAGCUCGUCGCGGCCAAGGGGAGGCGGCCGCGCGACCUCGGACAAGGACCACCACAAGGCGCCCCUGUCGCGCGUGGCCCAGCUGUUCAACGUGAACCACUUCGUCAUCAGCCAAGCCCGCCCGUACCUGAUCCCCUUCCUCGAGUCCGAUAUGCACGGACCUUCCCUCUACUCGGCCCACCACAAGCGGUCCCAGAUCACGGGCCACCUCUUCCGCAUCGUCGGCCUCGAGGCACGACACCGCCUCAGACAGCUCGACACCCUCGGCAUGCUCCCCGCGGGCAUCAGACGCUUCCUCAUCGACGAGGAGGUCCCGUCUGGCAGUAGCACGACGCUCGUCCCGGAGGUGUCGGCGAGAGACUUUGUCAGGCUCCUCGAAACCCCGACGCGCGAGACUUUGGACUACUGGAUCACGCGCGGCGAGAGGAGCGUCUGGCCUGCGAUCGGCGCGCUCGCCGUCAGAUGCGCCGUCGAGUACGAGAUCGAGAGCGCGUACCAGCGCGCCAGGAGCCUGAAAGCGGGCGGCUUGAGAAGGAAGGCGAGUACCGGGGGUCCUGGACCGGCGCCGGGGGCGCUGGGAGUUGGGGGUGGUGGUGGCAGGAGCGCUAGCAGUGGCGCGCUGAGCAAUGGCGCGGGCGCGGGCGGUGCUUCGUCGUGGGAUGGGGAUGGUCCGCCGAGCGCGAAUUAG